CAAGAUGAAACUGUUCACGUCGCACAAUAACAUGACCAACUAUGCCACAGUGUUUGCUUCUAAAACAAACCUGGAGCAACGUCGAGGCCGAGCAGGACGGGUUCGACCAGGCUUCUGCUUCCACCUCUGCAGCAGGGCACGUUAUGAAAAGCUGGAAAACUACACCACCCCCGAGAUAUUCCGUACGCCACUUCAUGAACUGGCACUUGCUAUCAAACUUCUUCGCCUUGGGGAUAUCACUAAAUUCCUCUCGAAGGCACUGGAGCCUCCACCUAUAGAUGCUGUUAUUGAAUCUGAAGUCCUACUUCGGGAGAUGGGAGCUUUGACAGUUAUGGGUGAACUUACAGCAUUGGGAAAGAUCUUGGCUCGUCUGCCCAUUGAGCCUCGGCUUGGCAAGAUGCUGAUUCUUGGCCUCAUUUUUGGGGCGGGUGAUGCACUGUGUACAAUAUCGGCCAACAGCAGCACAUUCCCAGAACCAUUUGACACACCCUUCCCCAGGCGGCUGGCAUAUGUGCAGCGGCGCUUCUUUGGGGGACGCUGGAGUGACCACAUCACACUUCUUAACGUGUUCAACCAGUGGGAACAGGCUCAUAUGCAGGGGGAGUAUGCUGAGGGCAGCUUCUGUGAUCAGUUUUCCAUCUCCAUGCCCACACUGCGCAUCACCUAUGAUGCUAAAAAUCAGAUCAAGGAGCUGUUGAUGAGUGCUGGGUUUCCUGAGGUGUCAGUGGCACCAGAAGCAUACAACUUCAAUGGUGUCGACCCCAAACUUGAUGUGAUGGUGGCUCUGCUGGUGCUUGGCCAUUACCCGAACAUUUGCUAUCACAAAGAAAAGCGUAAAGUGCUCACUACUGACAACAGGUCAGCCCUCAUCCACAAGACUUCAGUCAACUGCACCAAUCUGCCAGCAUCCAAGUUCCCAAGCCCAUUUUUUGUCUUCGGUGAAAAGAUCCGUACAAGGGCAGUCUCCUGUAAGCAGAUGUCGAUGAUAUCACCCAUACAUAUCUUGUUGUUUGGUUGCAAAAGAGUGGAAUUGCUGAAUGGUGUGGUCCAAGUCGACGGUUGGAUCAACCUGAAGAUGGAUCCCCAGGCUGUUGCCCAUAUAGUCUCUCUGCAACUGGCCGUGGACAGUGUCAUUAAUGAUGUCGCCAAUGACCCAGUGCUUCUAACACAACCUCCAGAUGAUAUGGCAAGGAUAAUCAGCACUAUCAAGAAGCUUUGUCGCUUUGACUCCAUUGAAGUUGGCACAGAAGGUGCAGAUGUCACUGAGUCAUUUGGUGGAAAUGCACAGCCCGUCAGAAAGAUGCCUCGAUUGAGCAAUGUUGGUGGAGGAGCCAGUACUGGAGGAGACUACUCAAAUGAUUUCAGGGGUGGCUUCAGGGGAGGUUUUCGUGGAGGAUUCAGAGGUGGCUAUGGAAAUGAAAACAGAGGGUAUUCUGGGUUCGGAGGCAGCUACAACCGUGGGCGUGGCUAUGGGUAUGGCAAUGGGGGUGGCACUGGUUAUGGAAACUCUGGUGGCUAUGGCUAUGGGAGCCGUGGUGGUUAUGACAGUGGAAGUCGUGGUGGCUUUGGCAGCAGAGGCAGCUACCAGCCUGGAGGAUACAAUGGUGGAUCACAACAAGGCUCUGGAUGGGGUGGUGGACGAGGACGGGGAGGUUUUCGUGGAGGGUGGGGGGGAUACUAAAGCAUACUUUGGUUUAUUAGUGCAUUAGUUUCCACAAGCUAGUGGUUUGCAUCACUUGUGAUUAUGUUCAUCUUUAAGGCAUUGUUAGAAUUUUGUCUUCAUUUGUUCUCACUGCACAGAUUCACCAAUAUCAACAAAAGACCUUGUGCACAUCUGAGAUCUUUAAUAAAGGUACCAUUUCCUCA